CAUAAAAGUGCACCUUAAAUAAUUAAAAAUCCUGCAAAAAUCCUCUAAAAGAUUCCCAUCAACAUGUCCAAUAUCGCCAGCUGUUUGUGGUUGUUCUCAUUAUUGCUUUUGAUGAGUCCAAUUUCAGCAACAAACAGUCGACGCAUUCGACGCCAGAAUCGCUCCGAUCAACUCCUAGCGGAUAUAGGAGUUCAUGCGCAGAGCUACGAUCCAAGAAAACUGGAGAAUGGCAUACAACAAUACACCGUAAUCGACAGAGAUCUGCGACAAUUAUUCUUGGGCACGCGACGAGUUAUGUUAAAUUUUGCACUGCGAAAUAUCGAAGAUCUAAAGAAUCGAAAUAUGCGCGAGGGCAAGAUACAAAUACCCAUCUCGAAGAGGAAACCAUUUCCGUGUCCCAUGAACAAUACCAGAUCGGAGAAACCACCCACAUCGGUGGAGAGAUUACGGCCCGGGGAUAUUGAUAUUAUAGCCGCCUUUGGGGACUCGCUAUCGGCGGGCAAUGGCAUACUAUCGAAUAAUGCCAUCGAUAUGAUCAAUGAAUUUCGUGCAUUGAGUUUUUCCGGUGGCGGUUUGGAGAACUGGCGUCGCUACUUGACGCUACCGAAUAUCCUAAAGAUAUUUAAUCCGAAAUUGUAUGGCUUUUCGGUGACCAAUACUCUGGUGGUUAAUCAUCCCAAUUCACGCUUCAACAUUGCCGAGCCGAUGGUCAUGUCGAGGGAUUUGCCAUUUCAGGCCAGGGUACUCAUCGAUCUGCUGCGUCGUGAUCCGCAUGUGGAUAUGAAGCGACACUGGAAGCUGCUGACAGUUUAUGUCGGUAAUAAUGACAUUUGCUCGGAUCUGUGCCACUGGGAUGAGCCGCAGGCGUUGCUCGAUCAACAUGCCAGGGAUCUGAGACAGGCCUUUCGACUGCUCAGAGAUAAUGUGCCCCGUUUGCUGAUCAAUCUGAUUGUGGUGCCGAAUAUACACCUCACCCUGACGACCAUGAGGGAGAUACCCUUCCAGUGCUUUGUGGUGCAUCGCGUGGGCUGCCACUGUCUGUUAAAUGAUCGUUUGAAUCGCACGCAGCUCAGUCAACGCAUGGACACCGUACGACGCUGGCAACAGGUGGAUCUGGAUGUUGCCCGCCUGCCCGAGUUUCAACGCGAGGACUUUGCCAUUGUGGCGCAUCCGAUGCUGGCAAAUGUCACAGCGCCAAGGCUGCAGAAUGGCCACACCGAUUGGCGUUUCUUCUCGCACGAUUGCUUCCAUUUCAGUCAGCGGGGGCAUGCCAUCAUCUCGAAUAUGCUGUGGAACAGCAUGCUGCUGCCCGAUGAUCGCAAGCCGCGUCCCUUCACCAUUCCAGGGCUAUUCGAGAGCAUCGUUUGUCCCAGCGAACAGCAGCCCUACUUUGUGGUGAGACCUGGCUAAAAGCGAAGAGCUCAUCCUCCCCGAAGGUUACAGUGGGGUUUGGGUUACGUUGUGGGUUACUGAAUCGAAGGUUAAAGCUGUCUGUGUGAUAUGAGGUUACAUUUUAAGGUUUUUACUAUAAGGUUUUAUUUUGUAAGUUUUGUGAUUAUUAAAAAGCAAGAAUGCUGCUGAUUUGUCUCGUUUUUUUGAGUGGUUUUUUGGGAUGAAGAUGGAUUUAAUCAUUGAGGGACUUAUGCUGGAGAUUUUGAAAAUUUUGUUUGCAGAGAAGUCUUGAAAUUUUUUGCCUGCAG